CUUAAAAUGAAAGCAACUAGUGGUAAGCGUACGAACAUGACGCAAGAGAAGUUACUGCCACAGCUAAAAUUUAAUUUGUGAAUUUUUCGCACUCAAAAAGGAUUUUGUUUGACAGAGUUACAGAAGACGCAUCUUCUAGCUUCUUGGACGUAAGCUGAGAACGGUAACGUUAAGUUUUAACGUCGAAGUUGACUCGCUGACAGAAACGUAGUUAAUCACCAACCUGUAGAGCGCAGUGAGCUGAGCACCAGGCCUGUGCUGGUGGGAGUGGGUCUGUGAUGGAUAGGCUUAGGCUGUCCCGCAUAGAUGAGGAGCUGGAGUCCUCUGAGGUUGCAGCUCUCUGCUUCUUGUGUCGUGAUGUAGUCAACAGGAAACGCCUGGAGGGGGUCAGGGAUGCAAAGGGGCUGUUUUUGAGACUAGAAGAAAAAUGUCUGCUGGAGAACGAUUUCUUCCUUUCUCAGCUGCUCCAAACUAUCCGUCGAGCAGACCUGCUCAGCCUCCUGGAGGCAGACAGCAGGCAACCAGAAGAAACCGACGCAAAUCCCAUCCUGUCAGAUUACAGGGUGAUGCUGUACAAAAUAUAUGAGGACAUGACUCAGGAAAAUCUCAACAAGAUGAAGUUCCUGUUGUGCAGCAAGCUGGGCAGAAGACAAGUUGAGACAUGCCAUACAGCACUGGAUGUGUUUGCUGAAAUGGAAAAGACUGGUUUACUGUCAGAUAAAAAUCUUCGUGAGCUGUAUACAAUACUGCAGGAGUUGGAUCAACAACUGGCAUUGACUGUAAAGCACUACAGUCUAGGUGUAACCCCGCCAAGUCAAACUACAUUACCUUCUCAUAUCAGCAUGGAUUACCAGAGGGACAGCACCACCCCUCAGCCGACUCAGCCUGUUCUGUCGAUAUCUGAGACUCGGUCCAGCUAUGAAAGCGAGAGUGUUUUCUCUGAUGCAGAGCCCUGCUCUCUUGCUGAUCAGACAGAGUACUACGCUCUGAUUCAUAACCCUCGUGGUGUGUGUGUGGUCAUCAGCAAUGAGAAAUUCCUGGGAACACAGCUGAAAGAUAGAGGAGGGACUAAGCAGGAUGAGAAGGCUCUGCACAUGGUGUUCACCAGCCUUGGCUUUACUGUGAUGGUAUACAACAACUUGACUGCAGAAGCCAUGCGGCGUGAGCUAAAAAAUCUGAGCACAAGGAAUUUUUUGGAUGAUGAUGCCUUGGUGGUAUGCGUGCUUUCCCAUGGAGAAAAGGGAUGCGUCUUUGGGACCGAUGAGCAACAGGUGUCCUUGCGGGAACUGACACUGCCCUUCACGAGCGGGCGAGCUCCCACCCUGGCAGGGAAGCCCAAACUGUUCUUCAUCCAAGCGUGUCAGGGAAGCAACUACCAGAGAGGAGCCGUGCCGUGUCCCCCGAGGCCGAGUCAGGAGAACGGGGACAGAGAGAGCCGGCUGGAGGAAGAUGCAGGUCGUGUGCACGGCGAGACGGUGCCUUGGGAUGCUGACUUCCUGCUGGGCAUGGCCACCGUGCCAGAGUGCAAGUCCUUUCGAAACACUUCCACAGGCUCCAUCUACAUCCAGGAGCUGUGCACGCAGCUGAUGAAGUCUGCAAAAAGCUCAGAGAAGGAUGAUAUACUCGCUGUCCUGACACGUGUGAACAGGGAGGUCAGCAAGGGAGAAUAUUUAAGAUACAAACAAAUGCCGGAGCCUAAGUACACCCUCACCAAGAAGCUCGUCCUCAAAUGUGUGUGAGCUGACUGGGACCAAGUGCAAACGUGCCAUAUUCCUGGAUUAACAUAGAUCCAACUGGUUUACAGUGUGUAUGAGUGUGGUUUUGUGUGAGUGUGUGUUUUUAAUCUCUCUGUAUAAUGCAGCUGGUUGGAUGAAUUUGAAUGUCCAUAUCUUUGUAGUUAUCUCAAGAAGCUGAUGUCUCUCAAUCUUCAGAACAAAAAAAGCAUAAUGAAAAAUAAAAUGUUUGUAAUUCUUCCCAUGUGAUUUAGGAAAAAUAAACAAUAAGACGUCA